UCCGAUGUGAGCAGCUGCGGGCGAGGAGGCUGAGACCAGGGCCGGAGUGAUGCCUGCGCGCAGCCGCCACCGCCCCCGCCUCCACUCCGGCUCCCCUCCCCUGACUCCGCCCCCGCAGCCUGAGGAGCUGCACUCCCGCGAGGCCCGGAGGGCCCGGGGCUCCGACGGCGGGUCGGACGCCGACUCGGAGGUGGGUCCCGGGAGUCCGACUUGGACGGCGGAGGCAGUGGAGGAGGAAAUGGCAGGUCCUAAUCAGCUCUGCAUUCGCCGCUGGACUACCAGGCAUGUAGCUGUUUGGCUGAAGGAUGAAGGUUUUUUUGAGUAUGUGGACAUUUUAUGCAAUAAGCACCGACUUGAUGGAAUCACGUUGCUAACAUUGACUGAAUAUGAUCUCCGGUCACCUCCUCUGGAAAUCAAAGUCUUAGGGGAUAUUAAAAGGUUAAUGCUGUCAGUCCGAAAAUUGCAGAAAAUACACAUUGAUGUUUUAGAAGAGAUGGGAUACAACAGUGACAGCCCCAUGGGUUCCAUGACCCCUUUCUUCAGUGCUCUUCAAAGUGCAGAGUGGCUCUGUAAUGGAGAGCCUUCACAUGACUGUGAUGGACCCAUCACUGAUUUGAAUUCUGAUCAGUACCAGUACAUGAAUGGUAAAAACAAACAUUCUGUUCGAAGAUUGGACCCAGAGUACUGGAAGACCAUACUGAGUUGUAUAUAUGUUUUUAUAGUAUUUGGUUUCACAUCUUUCAUCAUGGUUAUAGUCCACGAGCGAGUACCUGACAUGCAGACCUACCCACCACUCCCAGAUAUAUUCUUAGACAGUUGGAUAACCACAGGAGCUGUGGAUUUAGUAAGGAAAGAGAGAUCAAUGGGAAAGAUAGAAGAAAACAAGAAUAUAAAACAAAGGAGUAAACAAAGGAGUAAAACAAAACAAAAACUCAAUUUACUGCCUCUAAAACAAAACCAAAUAUACUUAAAAAAUAAAAAAACAGGAGUCAAGUUCAAGCCUUCAUUACCUGAACCUGAAAUGAGCACAUCAUGCAAGAACGUUCCUAGAAUCCCAUGGGCUUUUGCCAUGACCGAAGUGUGUGGCAUGAUUCUGUGUUAUAUUUGGCUCCUGGUCCUCCUCCUUCAUAAGCACAGGUCAAUACUUCUUCGAAGGCUCUGCAGUCUGAUGGGUACUGUGUUCUUGCUUCGCUGCUUUACCAUGUUUGUGACCUCCCUCUCCGUGCCGGGCCAGCACCUGCAGUGCACCGGAAAGAUAUAUGGCAGUGUAUGGGAAAAACUGCACCGGGCCUUUGCCAUUUGGAGUGGCUUUGGUAUGACCCUAACUGGUGUUCACACCUGUGGAGAUUACAUGUUCAGUGGUCACACAGUCGUCUUAACUAUGCUGAAUUUCUUUGUCACUGAAUAUACACCAAGAAGCUGGAAUUUCUUGCAUACUUUAUCCUGGGUUCUCAACCUCUUUGGAAUCUUCUUCAUUUUGGCUGCCCAUGAACAUUAUUCCAUUGAUGUGUUUAUUGCCUUUUAUAUCACAACAAGACUCUUUUUGUACUACCAUACUCUAGCCAAUACCAGAGCUUAUCAGCAGAGUAGAAGAGCAAGAAUUUGGUUUCCCAUGUUUUCCUUUUUUGAAUGCAAUGUUAACGGUACAGUACCUAAUGAAUAUUGUUGGCCAUUUUCAAAACCAGCAAUAAUGAAAAGACUAAUUGGAUGAAGACUAUCUUUGUAAUGGGUUCAUGAUUUAAUAUACAGUAAUUGUUGAAAGUGAAUAACUUUGCUUUCUUCCCCCAGGUUGUUCCUGAAUGCCUUGCUUUUUUACUUACAUGUUGAAAAAGUAUAGUUCCCUGUUCUGAGCAAGGCUCUGAUUGUAGAAAGCAAGAAAGAACAAUCAAGAGUCCUUAUGUAUCUAUUUGAAUAGGAAGCUUAAAUAAAUGUUUUCUGUUCCUUGUCUUUAGACAGACUUAACAUGGUGAUUGAAGUUAGGCUGUUACCCUUACCUGUUAAGUAUUUGCUUAUUGAACUGAAGCAAUCAGCUUAAUUCACUGGUUGAAAGUUUUUUUUUCCCCAGUAGAACCCUAGUCAAGAAACAUUUUUGAAGCUCCUUAUGAUCUUCAACGGGUUCAAAAACCCCUACCAAGUGAGCAGUACUUGCUCUGGGAAUAUUAUAUCCCAAGAUACUAAUCUGUGUCCUUUUUUAAAAAUGCAACUCCAAAAAGUGAUCCAUUUUACUAACAAAUGAUUUUUGCUUUCUACCAUCUUUGAUAAAAGUGUACUAAACAUACUGGGAUGCCCGAAACAAAAAGAGAAUGUAAGGGGCCAUACGUGAGGUGACAAAAUACAAAUAGAGUGCUGGCAGUUUUCGCCAAAGAUCCAACAGAUGAUGCAGUUCUGAGUUUGUUCUGAGGGCUCAGUAUGACCUUCAGUAAGUAUUCCUGAGGGGGAAAUGGCCAAAUCCACACAAGUAAAAUUGGCUUAAUUUUAGUGAUAUAGGUACCUGGAGUAACUUUUUGCUAUACUUGUUAGAUGACAGUCCAGUUUUAUGCUUUUAAGGAUGUUAUUUAAUGAGCAAAACAGUGGAGUAUUUUACCAGGUGUUAGGUAAAGUUCUUAUGUCCUUAAGUAGGGAGGUAUGCAUGCAAAAAAUGCUGUUCUCUUUCUGAAAAAUUUAUAACUGGUUGCAGGCAUAAUAUAACUUUUUGGGUUUUUUUAACUUCUAAUUUUUGGCCAUCAAAAGUAAGCAGUCUCAGACAUAUUUGGAUAUGAAAAGGUUUUGGUUUUUAUUUUUAAGUACAAUUGUGUACAUAUAUUCUUUCUAUUUAGUCUUAAUUUGGUCACCAUUAAGUGAUAUGACUUAGUUGCUCUUCACAACACUAGAAAUGUAGUACCUUAAAUAAUUUGACCUCUGUCAUAACAUUUGACACUUUACUUCUAAUGAUUUUGUAUAGUAGUUUUCACAAUAGGAUGGUUAUGGAAUUGGAAUUUGAACUCCAAUUGAUUGAGCUUAGCCACUUGGAAUAUUAAUUGUGUAGUUAUUACAUUCCACUUUAACACAAGGGAUUAGAAAAGGUGCUGGCAUAAUUGAGGUCUAAAAUUAGGCCACGUAGCAAAAGCUGCUCCUUAUAUGGGUGAAAUAUUUUAUUUUUGCACUUUGAGUCAUAUUCCUCCCCCUCCUCUAUAAGCUACAGAAGAGCCUGAAUGGAUUGGGCAGGAAAGGAAUAUUAUGCAAACAAGUUUCAGCCAGUGCUGAAUACCCCCAAUUUGGGUCUGCUCUGAACAUUAUUUUUAUUUCUCACUUGAGAAAUGGCACAAGGCAAUUCAAGUUUUAUUAUGCUGUAAGUCUCAUACUUCAGAAUGUUAUAAUAUGAAUUGUUGAUUCUGUUGCAUACUAGGACAAAAAUGCCAACAUUCAUCUAAGAAAAUUGCAUAAUCAUGAAGAAUAAAGAAUAUUUCCUAUGCCAGUUAGAGUUGUUUUAACCUUUGAGAUAGAAAGAUGUGUAACUGCCAUUUUUUCUAAAUGUCAGAACAGUACCGAAUUUAUGUAGGGAAGGAUUGAUGUUGGCUUUUGGAAAAAUGUUGGAAAGCAAUCUGUGGCAACAUGAAUUCAAGAAUGUUAAAUGGCUACUUAAUGGUAAAUUUCCUAACAUCCAUCUUCUUUCCUUCAUAUGGAUUCUAUUCUAGAACAAAAUAGGAAAAAAAAAUUGCAGCUAACUUUACAGAGCUAAUGACAUUGCAAGUGCUUAACAGCAGACUACAAUGAGGAUUAUAAAAUAACUUUUCAGCCUUGCAUUUAUCAUGUCUGUUGUGAGGAAAAAGUAAGCUAGAUUUAUAAUUUAUUGUUAUAACUACUACAGGACAGUGUUUACAUAAAUUAAUCAUCUCCAAGUCUCUUUUUGGAAAACUUUGACACAAAUUCUUCUCUGUUUGUUUUUUUAAUAUGAAACCUAUAUUUUAGUUGCUUUUUGUUUUGUUCAGAAAUUUCCAGAUUCUGUCUUUGUAUUUUCUUUUCUUGUUAACAUCUAAAUCAUACAAAAGGUAGUAUUUACAUUUAGGGUGUGAAUGUGGCUAGUUAGAGAAGCUACAUGUUUUAGGUCUACAUAUUUUUUAACCUUGUCUGCAAUUGCACACUUGUGAGAGGCUUACAUCAUUAAAUACUGAGACCUCAGUAUAAAGGUACCAAGAAGGUUUUUGCUUUGGGGAUGCAAACUGGAGGUUAUAUUCAAAGUCCUCCAUACAUUUUUUAUUUUCCUGAGGGUAGCAUUGCCUUUCUCUCUCCCUCCCUCCCACUCUCCCUCCCUCUCUCUCUGUCUCUCUCUCUCUCCUCAGUCUCUCUUUCUCUCUCUCUCUCUCUCUCAGGGAGUAGGAGAUUUUGAAGAAGGCAAGUUUGUUGUUUCACCAAAUAUUUUUGGAGAAAACUUUUUUGACCAUGCUACAGAAUUGUCAACACAACUGUCUUCUCCACAGUUUUCUCUAGCCAGAAUUGCUAGGAUAAAACACAGCUUCCAUAUGCUGGAUUUGUUAGCAUCCUUUUAAGUCAGAGAGCAAUAAGCUUAGCCUUAGAACCAGUCAGUUAAGUGUGGACUGUUCAGAACAAAAGACCCAUUGACUGAGAGACCUGCUGAUAGUGACAUCUUUUUUUAAAAGUGUUAUUUGUAUAUUCAAAGUCAUAUUCAUAAUUCAUAACCUGCUUUGACUAUGUUCAGCAAAAGGCAAUUUCACCAUUGGUUUCAUAGUAAAUAUUUUUUAAGGAUUCUUGUUCCAAAAUGCUUGACAACAUUAACCAUAUUCUUGUUUUAAACUUCCUGAUCUAAUAAAGUUAAUCGAUAGUCUUUUUGUAGACUUAAGUUAUCCCUUACUAAAAGUAACUACAGUAAUAGUCAUUUGUCAGCUCUUUAAGAAUUCAGGCAGUUGAGUCAAGAAAGCUCUCUUUUAGAAUAGUCCGAUUGCUUUCUUAAAUAGUAUUGGUUUCAUUUAAAUAGUUUUCAAAGCCAACAAAGCACGUCCGUUUUAAUGUCAUCUUUACUUGGUGUUACUGUAGUAAGUCAGGCUGCUUCAGGUGACCAUUGCAAAAGGAAAGAGCUUGAGGGAUUUUUUCCUCACUCCUUUUGAGUGGCUUGAAAUGACUAAGAUUACUAUGGAAGUAGGUUUUGGUCCCCCUCUCACCAACCCCUCACCUUCAGAAAAUGCCCUAGUUUCAAUUAUCUAAAAUGUGGCCUAUUACUUUGCCUCAAAUUGAAUUAAAAAUUUGUGAAAUGUAUAAGCCAUAAUUCAGGUACCAGUAAAUUGGUUUUUAGAAUAUGUUCUACCCUAAAUUACCCAAAGGACUUUUUAUUCAGUGUACUUCAUGUUUAAGCAUAUAUAAGGAAGCUCUGUGCCUGAUGUUGGAGAAGGAAUAUUAUGUUAAUUUCAUUGUUAUUCUAGGGUUAUUUUGAUCUGAACUAUUGGAUUGUCUGAACCUAGCCAGGCAGUUACCAAUAAUGUCAUCUUAAGAAUGCUUAAUUUUAAUAAUUUUUUUUUUCAAAACCUUUGGGUUGUUAAGACGACUGAAGUAUUUCUGAGAGGGAACAAAGGAAGUAGAAACUGGUACUUAAUGGGGGAAGCAAAAUUAGCUUGGACUAAAGUGAGCAUGUUUUAAGAAUUCUACCUAAAUGUCACCCCGUCCACAGAGAAACUAGUAUUACUUGAAGAUGUGAAAGUUCCUGUGGUAGACAUACCUUGAAGCACAGUAUUGUAUAUAAGUAAAUAUCGUGAUUCUAACUUAAAUCCAGAUUUAACUAAUAUAUAUUAUUUUAUAUCUUUGUUGUAUUAAAAUGUUUAAAAACACUAAAAAUAAAACAUUUAAAAGUUG